CGUCUCAACCACCGCAGCCAACAUCGCCGCCAUCCAGUCCGCGCAAAGUAGGACUUGCGUGACUAGCAUGGCAGCCCCACAGGACGACUUCAGGUGGUUCGGCGAAGGCUUCGACGGCUUCCCGAAGCGGCUGCCCGACGAUGUUGUAGAAUACAUGGUCUUCGUCAUCGACUCCAGGCUCUCCGACUUGCAGACCCGGGAGCGUCUACAAGCAUUCAAGCGCGCACUAACUGCUCUAGAGAAGAAGUUCUUGAAAGAGUACAUCUGGCAACGCGACCCCGUCAAGCUUGAUCUUGUGCGAGAAAACGCGCGAUGGCUUCUAAAAGGCACGACAAACUAUGGCGAUAGUGUUGCUGACGAGUGGCUGAUCGUGUACCUGCUACGAGAGCUAAGUAAGGAGUUCAAAGACGCCUGGAUCAGAAUCUACGACUCAGACGGCGAGUUCCUGUUGAUCGAGGCUGCUAAUGCUCUGCCAAACUGGCUGAACCCAGAAGUUGCGGAGAACAGGAUCUGGAUCAACAACCAUCGUCUUCUUGUUACACCGCUCUCAAAGGACCAGACGCCGGCGCCUUUGGACAUGUCCGAGGCGCUGUUAAUUAUCCGAGAAACCCCGGCGCGGCCCCAGCACUAUCCCAAGAUAGAGAAGGAGGCCUUCCAUCGCCUCAACGGCUAUCCAGACGCGAUAUCCACAAAUCAGCACCAUGCGACUCUGCAAUUGCCUCGAAAGGUGGCCCACAUCUUGCACCUGAACCCUGCGUACAUCUCACCUGCGGUCGAGGCAUUCUAUCUACGAGACCCGGUUGUACUACGCCUGUUACAGCCUGAAAAAUCGAAAAAGACACUCAAUUUUUUUCCAGAAGAUUUUGUCGAGGUCAGCACUAGGUUCACAAAAGUUUUAUAUGCGCAGCUCCUCGGCCAAAACUGGGACCCACCCACUGCUCAUGAUGCCGCCCUGAAAGAACUCCAGAAACAAGGCAAGGCGCCCGAGAAGGCCGAGAUCGCUGUGAAACUCGUAGCAGGCCUUGAAAUGCUCCUCCAGCACGAAAUCUAUGCGGACAAGCCGGCAGUCAGGGAGAUCAAACUACUCCUGGAGGAUCUGGUCACAGGCGACGACGUUUUACCAGCUGAUGCUGAGAUUGCGGCAUGGCCCAAGCGCGAGGAUGACGAAGCUUGGUUGAACAUCGACUUCGCCGAGUUCGAGCGCGAGCUAGCCGGCAAGGGUGGAAAGGAAGGCUUUGGGGACAAAGAUGCCCAGCAAAACUUGAAGAAGAUGGUGGAACGUUUCAACGCAUUCUUGGCGGACGAUGAAGCCGGUAUUGAUGGCGCCCACGGUCUUGACCCCAUGGACAUGGACAAUGACUCCGACGCCGAGGGGCGCGCCUGGGACGACCCUGAGGAUUCUGACUCAUCAUCCAACCCAACGGGCGUAGACGAAGAAAAGGAGGACGAGGACGAGGACGAGGAAGCGGAUGCUGAAUACGCAGAGUACGAGAAAGCUUACGAGAAGUUCAUGACGCUAUCAGCGGCUGAAAAAGCCAUUCUUACUGACGACGCCCGCGAGCUAGCUCUCGCGGAGGAGGCGGAUCGCGAAGAAGACGAUGAGAUCAAGAAACUCUCAGACAUGAUGGAGGCCGAACUAUUCGGUCAUGGCGCAUUAAGCCUAGAUCCUGAGCGGGGCUCGAUGAGCCAGGGUGCCAAGAGCCAAGCGAUCCAACAGAUCACGUCAGCAAAAGGCAAGGGUAAAGCGAAGGUCGAACAGCCACCGGAGAAAGACGUAGACGAAGAGGACAGUGAUGACGACGUCUUGGACGAUGACUACAACCUAGCAGAGAAUAUGCUCAAGGCGUUCAAGGGCCAAGUUGGCAUGGCAGGGCCUGCAGGGAACCUGAUGGGCCUGAUGGGUGUACAAUUUCCACCGGACGCGGACGACGAGCAGAAGAGUCGUGCAAAGGGUAAGGUUCCUCUGCGGUAAGCUUAGCGCCAACCACUACGAUACGCCUCUGAUGCAUCAUGAUGCAAGGCUUUGUGUUGCAUGCAAACUCUCGACCAGCAAUCGACGAUGACAUACAUUGGCGUAAUACGAACA